ACGGGAAGAAGAAGUUUUCGAGGAGUACUGGCGUACGGUAGCAUUCGUCGGCGGAGACACGCCAAAUCGCUAAUCACAAGCGCACUUUAGCAUCAUGCCGUCAAUGAUGACGGAACCACCGAAAUGAUUGAGCGGAGCACCUAAUCCCCAACAGCUAUUGACAAAAAGCGCCACGUUAGCACAAGCACGAUCCUGUGUUUCGUUAAAAAAAAAAAAAUGCGAUUAGGGAAUCGCGAUUACUAUUUUGUUUUUGGGAACCACGAUUACUAGAUUCAAUUAGAGGAGCUAACAGAGCAAGAAUAAUCACGCUACCGCUGCUUGGCCCGUCGGAUAGUAAACACGAAUCACAGAUUGGCGGUGAAGUUGUCAUUUUGAACCUGUCGUGAUUCAUCGAUCUAUUUGGAGUGAGCGCAAUCUCAGAUUGAAAUCGUCAAAUCACUGCCCUUUUCGAAGAAAGAGAAAGAAAGUGGGCGAUGGUGGGAUUGGGAUGAGGAUAAAGAAGAAGGGCAAGCGAGAGGGCUAUGGCGAGAAUUGAGUGGGGGCUUCAAGGAAGAGGGAAGUGGGUUUGCUCGUACAAGAAAACUGCUAUCAUAGUUUGCUUUUUCAACAUUGCGGUUGCUCUCUACUUUCUUCGCACUCUUUAUGCCUCUCUUUAUAUCUACUCGGGGAACGUUUCGCGAAGCAUUGUCCCGUAUACUUCGGACCAGAUUCGGAAAAUGGAAGAAUCAAUCCAAAUCCGUAAGGCAUAUAAACCCAGGAAUUGGUUAAAAUGGGUUAAGGUACUGGAAGGGGAGUUAUCAAGAGAAGAGAGGGGGUCUCAGUUGCCUCAGCAUUUAAGACAGAAAAUAAUGGAUGAGAUAUUGCUGACGCUGAGGAGCUUGAAUUCUACUGCCACGAACACUACCCGGAAUUUGCAUGGAGCAAGAAUGUCAACAGCUAUCUUAUUUUUCCCGGCCAGAUUCAUUUGCCAUGGGCGGGAAGGUGUAAAGCUCUUUCUCCUUUUGGUGAUAUUACUUCUAAACAAUACAGAAGCAGUUGAAAGUUGGCGUGAGGAAAAACUGAAGGAAGCUAAGUUGGCUCUUGUGCAAUCGACUUCUAACUCAACCGUUGCUCGUAAAGAGGCAGGGAUGCUAGUAAGAGCUCUGGAGUCUGAUUGGCUUGCGCUUUCUGAAGAAAUUGGCCUCUGGAUGCCUGGUGUAGUUGCUAAUGAGGAACAUGAUGAUAAACCUGAGGGUGAAGUAGAUUUUGAGGAGGAAAUUCUUCCUGGCAGGCCCAUGCCUCCGGAGUGCCAUCCUGAACUUCACACAGAUUAUGAUGGUGUGGCAGUAAGAUGGGGUCUUACCCAUCACAAAGAUAGUGCAGCUGAUUGCUGUCAGGCUUGCUUGGACCAAGCAAGAAAUGCCAAAGAAGGUGAACGGAAAUGUAAUAUUUGGGUUUAUUGCCCAUCUGAGUUUGGUUGUCAUUCUCCAGAUAUCUAUCAGCACAAACAUCAAGAGUGCUGGCUGAAAUAUGCUGAGAAGCCACGACUAAAUUUUAAGUAUAAGUAUCCUGAAUCAUAUCGAAACUCCCACCCAUCUGCACCAGUGAUUGUUCCAUGGGCCUCUGGAGUGGUUGGGGCAUGAGUUGAUUAACCAACACUGAAGUUAUUAUGAUCAACUGGAGUCACUCUGUGGGUACAAGCACAGAAAGCUAUCAGGCAAAGCCUUUGUCAUGUAUGCCUCCCAUCACACUUCUGUUCUCCAUCGCGUUCUUUGUUAAAGAAAUGAAAUAGGAUACAUUCUUUCUGUCUCUUUCACUGUUACUAUAUAUAUAUUUUGGGGUUUUUUUUGGGGGGGGGGAUGGUGGGGGAAUCAUUGAGACAUGGAUGGUCAUUUAGGAUUAGACACGAUUUUUGACAGGCACGGAGGCAAGGUGACUUGACAGAGUUGUUCUGUUGUGAACUGCCUGAUAAUAUUAUUCAAUUUGUCUUCGGGAUGCAGAACCCUACUCUUGAUGUAACUCUUGAUGGCGAUGUUGAUAGAGAACUUAGGAUGGGAAUAUAUGGUACACCAACUAAGCUAGGUGCACCAGGACAGUGAGUAUUCAUAUCUAGUGAACUCCACCUUUUUGAGUUUUGACACAUUUUUCAUCGGUUUGGUGCAACUCUCUUGAGCAGGCAUUAGAAUGAAUCAUGUUAUUGGUA